AUGCUGGCUCCAAAGAAAGGCCUCCUGUGCAACCUCAACCACAUCCACCUGCAGCACAUCUCCCUGGGGCUGCACCUCUCCCGGCACCCCGAGCUCCAGGACACCGAUGGUUCCACCGCCAGGGGAGACCAGACUGGCUGCAUCCACUGCCCGGAGAACCGUGAGCCGGUGGAUGCCAAUUCCAACAGCCCCUCCGUGAAAUGCCAAUGUUGUGAAUCCCACGAUCCAGAACCGGAGACCCUCGGGAUCCAGAACCAGGCAGUACAAGAGGAUUUCCCCUGCCUGCACAGCGGAGACGAGGAGGAGGCAGCUUCCCCUUGUGAUCCCCCUUGUGAUCUGGCUUCUUCUUCCUCCUCCUCCUCCUCCUCCUCUGUCAGUAGCUGCUCGGAUUUCAGCUUGGAUGACUCCCCUGUCUCGGUGUACUGCAAGGGGUUUGCCAGAGAAGAGUCCCAAUGCCCUGACAAGCAGCUGAACGUCAUUCCCACAGAAAACGCCCGGGAUGGAGAGUCUCUGGCUGCCCAGGACAGGACGUGCGAUGGGAGAGAUGCCAACCACAACUCGCCCGUGCUCCGGAGAGCCACCGCCGUGGCCAGCAAGAGCCCAGACAGCCUCUGCAGCAAUAACUCGCUCGACUCGCAAUGUGAUGAGCUCUCGCCCAGCACAGAAGCACAGCAUUCCUGCGCUGACCUAGACCCCAACUGCAACCCCCUCCCCGAGCCCGAUGCUGCGCCUCCAGCACCACCGCCCGUGCCGGAGCGGCAGGAUCCCGGCAUCCCGAGCAGCGCUCCGGAGCCGCGGCCGCGGCCCAGCGGCCUCCCCCCGCCCGUGCCCCCUCGUCCCCGGCGGCGGCUGCAGGUCCUCAACGCGCACAGAGCGGAGCAGCAGCUCGGGCCAGUGCGGCCGGCAGAGCCCAAGGCCGGCCCAGGUGAGCCCUGCAGAGACACGGCCACAAAGACCAUCACCUCCUUCCACGAGCUGGCCCAGAGGAGGAAGAGGAACGUGGCUGGGCCCACACUCGCCCAGGCCAGGGUUGACCGCAGCGACUGGCUGAUCGUGUUCUCGCCUGACACGGAGCUGCCCCCCAGCAGCGAGCUCCUCUCCGGGCCCGCGGGCCAGGAGCCAGCGCAGCCCCAGCCGCAGCCCCAGCCCCAGCAGGACGGGCCAGCCAGGCCUCCCGGUUCUAGACAGAGAGAGGUGACGACGUUCAAGGAGCUGCGGUCCCGCAGUGCCGCCAGGCAGCCCAAGGGCCAGCGGGCAGAGCCGGCCCAGCACCCCCCUGUGCCCCCGGGGACGGGCGCGGGCUGGGGACCCCCCGCACCCCUGGGGACACAGGUGCUGGCACCCAGUGACGGCCACCAGCUGAGAAGGAGACCCCGGCCGAGCCUGCAGCCCAUCGCGGAGGGGCAGCCGAGGGAUGUGGAGAAGGGGGGGCUGCCCCCAGGGGAAAAGAGGCUGGGAACUGCCCCGGUCCGGAGGCUCGGGGGUCCCGGCGGGGACCCCGCGGUGCCACGGGCGGCCCAGAGAGGAGACGAGACCUGCACGGGGGGGCGCUUCCUCCGCCUCGGGCCCGGCCCCGCCGCCCGGCCUAACCCCGCCGCCGCCCCCGGCUCCAUGAGCCGGAGCGAGCCGGGCCCCGCCGCCGGUCCCGCUCCUCCCCCGGCCCCGGGCAGCGCUCCGGCCGCCGGCCCGCCUGACCCCGCUGCCCCGCUCUCUCCAGCCAGGCCCGAGCCGCUCGCCCCUGGAGCCGCCGCUGGAGCCGCCGCUGGAGCCGCCCGGCCCGGAGGGGGGAGAGCGGAAGGGGCCCAUGGAGAGCAAACGAAAGCGCUGCUGGUCGCCGUCAGCUCCGCCGUGGACAAGGUCAUCGCGCACUUCAGCACCGCACGGAACCUGGUGCAGAAGGCCCAGCUGGGGGACAGCCGGCUCAACCCCGACGUGGGGUACCUGCUGCUGCACACGCUCUGCCCCGCGCUCUACGCCUUGGUGGAGGACGGGCUGAAGCCGUUCCAGAAGGAUGUCAUCACAGGCCAGCGGAAAAAUUCCCCCUGGAGUGUGGUGGAAGCCUCCGUGAAGACAGGCCCCAACACCCGCUCCCUGCACUCCCUGUGCUGGCACGUGGCCGGGCUGGCCCCCCUCAGCAGCACCAGGCAGAAGUUCCAUGCCUUUAUCCUCGGCCUUCUCAACAUUAAACAGCUGGAGUUGUGGAUAUCUCACCUGCAGAAGAGCCCAGGUGUGAUCUCCGUGCUUUACUCACCCACGGCCUUCUUUGCCCUGAGCCAAGGCCCUCUUCCCCACCUCGCUGACGAACUGCUGCUGCUCAUCCAACCCCUCUCGGUGCUGACUUUCCACCUGGACUUGCUCUUUGAACACCAUCACCUCUCCGUGGAUGUCCGGCCCUUGUCCCGCCGGUUGGAGUCACCGCUGUCUCCCGGCCGUGGCCCCGUCCCGGUGCGGGGGGCUGUGUCUCUGGGGGGCCUCAGCGGUGCUGCCGGGGACAGCCUGGAGGAUGAGACCCCCCCCGAUGCUCUGGGCAGGGUGGGGGGCGCAGGGGGCAGCACAAGGGCCCGGUCCCAAGCGACCAUGGGUGGGCUGGUCCCUACCCCGCCAGUGGGGGCUGCCCUGCACCAAACCUUCCAGCACGUGCUGCGCUGGGGCGACCGGCUCAGCCGCACCUUGCUGGGGUCUGACACCUCCCCGCAGAGCCACGGGCCUGAGGAGGGCACUGGGGGCACUGGGGCUGGCCUCGGUGGCUGGUGGGGCCAGCUGAGCCAGAGCUCCAGGAUUUACACUGCUCCUAGCAAGGAAAAGUUCCCCUUGGUCUGGUGGACGAAGCUGCGGGCGGCUGCGGGGGAUCCCAGCCCGGGCCAGGCUGCACAAUCCCAAACUUCCAUGAGUCAGCCCAGGGCCACAGAGCUGCAGCUCCUUCAGACCAAAGCUGUCCCCGAAUGCUCCGGCCCAAAGCCCAGCAGCAGCACUGACACCUCAGGGACCUCUUCCCCUGAAGACCUGUUCUUGCCCACUGGAACUGGAGCACUCACCAAGCUGGAUGAUCCCAGUGCUGGAAAGAAUCUCCCGGCUGCUUCCCCAGAGCCUCCUGCCAACAGGAACCAGGCAGCACCUUCUGGCCCAGAGAUGGGUAAUCCUCCCAGUCCUGACAAGGGCAGCUGGCUGGGCCGGCUCUUUGGAGCCACCAGCCCCUCAUCCAGGAGCUUCCCUCCCAGCCCUGACGCCGUCUUGGCCAGGUCCAGGAGACCGUCCCGCUGGCUGUCCCCCAGCCCGCGUGUCCUGGCCGGGGUGGUGAAGGGCCUGGCGUCCGACAGGAGCCGCGCUCCGGAGCAGCCGGACAGGAGCAGCCCCGUCCUGCCCCAGGCCCACAGGGCGGUUCGGGCGCUGUGUGACCACACGGGCACCGCCGAGGGGCACCUGAGCUUCCAGAAAGGAGACAUCCUGGAGCUCCUCUCCACUGUGGAUGAAGACUGGAUCCGCUGCUGCCAUGGAAACAGCACCGGCCUCGUUCCUGUUGGUUACACAUCCCUGAUUUUGUGAGGAGGUGGAAGGGAGCUGAGGAAGCAGCUGAGCUUUGCCGGGAUGGGUGCCAGCUCUGGGAGGGGAUGUCUCCUGCCAGACCUCCGGGGCUGGCAGCUCCCAGGGGACCCUGCCCUGUGCCUGUCACUGCUGCAUGACGCCACCGGCUGCCACCGUGUCCUCCUCCUCCUCCUCCUCCUCCUCGCGGGGAGGUUCCUCAGCCGCUGCCCACCCCCGUGCAGGGCAGGGACGGGUCGUGUCCCUGUGUCUGUCCCUUCCCGGCCCUCACACUGCCCCGUGUCACCGUGUCCUGCCACCGCUGCCACCUCCCCGAGCCCUGCUCAGCACUCUGUACAUAGUGUAACCACAGGAAUGAGCUUGUUCCACGGGGAAAAAAAACUGGAAAUAAAG